UUGCACACUGACAGUUUUUAAGAUCACAGCAACAUUGAAAAGGUAUUGCUAUAGGAUAUUGGUAUAAGGUGAGGGGUAUACCUGGUAUAUCCAGAGGAAUUGAUUAAAUUAAGGAAGCAAAAUAAGCUUAAGCUUAAAUUAUUACCAAACAUUUUAUAAAGAACAUAUAUUUACUAUGGCUUCAAGGAAAAAACCUCAGUUACCUAAAUCUGUUUUGGAUAUGAAAUUCAUGAAAAAAACUAAAGAUAGAAUCGAAAAAGAGAUAGAAAAUACCCAAGAUAUUGAAGGUUUAUAUUCUAACGUUAUAACGAAUGAAAUGCGACAUGCCUCCGGAAAUUAUAUAUCCGAAUCUAGUUUUGUUUAUUGUGAAGAAUUAUUAGAAGGAAGACUGUCAUUUAAAGGUAUGAAUCCGGAAAUAGAGAGGUUGAUGGCUCUAGAAUAUAAGAAAGACGAUGACGACACGAGUGAAAUUAAAAAGGAUAUUUCAGAUGACAUUUUAUCUAAAAAGAUGGAAAGCUUGAAAAAACGCAAAUUGUGUUCGAGUCCAAGUGAAUGUAAUAUUAAAAAGAAGAAAAAUAAAUAAUAUGUAGAUUCUAAAUCUAUUUAAAUGUAUAAAUAAUAUCCCAGUAUUGUUUAUCAAAUGUCUGUUAAUAUUAGGUUUAUUUUAUAGAGUUGUUUUAACUACUGUCUACAUUUGCUUGGUCUACAAACAUCUGCUCUUUUAUUUAUAUGUAGUACAGUAAGUAAAAAAUAUGAUUAUACUAAUUAAGUAUAACAUGAAUAAGAAGUUGUAUAUUUUUUUAUUAUUGUUGCUACAUACAGGAGAGUAUGUUUACAUCCUCAUUCAAUUAAUACCUUAUAAUUUGUACUGCUAGA